GGGAGACCAGAUAUAGUGAAUGCAGGGUCCAGGGAGACCGGAUAUAGUGAAUGCAGGCUCCAGGGAGACCGGGAUAUAGUGAAUGCAGGGUCCGGGGAGACCGGAUAUAGUGAAUGCAGAGUCCAGGGAGACCGGAUAUAGUGAAUGCAGGGUCCGGGGAGACCUGAUAUAGUGAAUGCAGGGUCCGGGGAGACCGGGUAUAUCGUGAAUGCAGGGUCCAGGGAGAGCGGAUAUAGUGAAUGCAGGGGUCCGGGGAGACCAGAUAUAGUGAAUGCAGGGUCCAGGGAGACCAGAUAUAGUGAAUGCAGGGUCCGGGGA